AUGCCUACUUUCGGAAAGUUAUUGGGCAGAAGCAAGACAAAGGAGGAGAAGGAGCAGAAAAACGCCAGUGCCCAUAGCAACUACCAACCCGUACAGUACAAAUCCACCACUACCACUUCGCAGCCCAAGGCUCCUACUGCCGACCCCUCUAGAGCUGGUCCUGCCAGUCCUUCCGCCAAUGCAGCUAAAGCUCCUGUGACCGGAACUCCAGAUCCUGCCACCAGGGUUCCCACCAACGGCGAACCUCAGCAGACCGAUAUGAACGUUGCCAAUCUGGUGAACCCCGCGACAGGUGCGGUCGAAAGCAAAAACCAGCCCCGACAAGUCAAGGGCAAAUACACUCUUACAGACUUCAAGAUUGAGCGCACACUGGGCACAGGCUCAUUCGGUCGGGUGCACCUUGUCCAGUCAAAGCACAAUCAGAGGUACUAUGCUAUCAAGGUCUUGAAGAAGGCCCAGGUGGUCAAGAUGAAGCAGAUCGAACACACAAAUGACGAACGGAGAAUGCUACAGAGAGUCAAGCAUCCGUUCCUGAUCACACUCUGGGGCACCUUCCAGGACUCGAGGAACCUCUACAUGGUCAUGGACUUUAUUGAGGGCGGUGAGCUUUUCAGCUUGCUGAGGAAGUCGCAGCGUUUCCCCAACCCAGUCGCAAAAUUCUACGCAGCAGAAGUGACUCUUGCUCUCGAAUACCUACAUGCACAGAACAUCAUCUAUCGUGAUCUCAAGCCUGAGAACCUACUCCUCGACCGACAUGGUCAUGUCAAGAUUACCGAUUUCGGCUUUGCCAAAGACGUACCAGAUAUUACCUGGACGCUCUGUGGUACUCCCGACUAUCUCGCGCCAGAGGUCGUGUCCUCGAAAGGAUAUAACAAGUCUGUGGAUUGGUGGUCUCUGGGCAUCCUCAUCUUCGAAAUGCUAUGCGGCUUCACACCCUUCUGGGACGGCGGCUCUCCGGUCAAGAUUUACGAGAAUAUUUUGAAAGGACGCGUCAAGUAUCCUCCUUACAUCCAUCACGAUGCUCAAGAUCUGCUGGUGCAGUUGAUUACUAGUGAUCUGACCAAGAGAUUGGGCAAUUUGCACGGUGGGCCGAACGACAUCAAGAACCACGCUUGGUUUGCUGAGGUAACAUGGGAGCGACUAGUCAAGAAAGAUAUUGACGCUCCAUACGUGCCACCGGUCAAAGGUGGUGCUGGUGAUGCAAGUCAGUUCGACAAAUAUCCAGAGGAGACUGAAGAGUAUGGAAAGAAAGCAGAUGACCCGUGA